AUGGACCGCUUCUACUCCCUAUUUGACGCUGUGCAAGCGAGAGCGGACGUUGAGGUGCUGGACACGAUGGUUGAGAUCUGGCAGGUGCAGAUGCCAGUGCUUGACGGCAGGUACCACAGCCUGUGGUCCACGCUCGACAGGCUGCGAAAGUCGCUGCACAGACGCCAGCACAGUGAGAGGCAGAGGGAGAGGAUGGAGGAAGGCCAGCAGCUGCACGCUGACUUCCCUUCAGGUCAGCGCCUGUUCAGCAUGCAGGCUGAGGAUGGCCCGGGCGAGCACAGCUUGGAAGGUCGUCCACGCCACGACAAUGAUCAUAUCGAGAUUUCAGCCAUCUCAGUGGCGCCAACGAUGGACGAGGUUCUCUGCGACGCCGCGCCCUACCUUCCGCACAACCACCCCAACGAGCCGCACUGCCUGCAAGCGGGGUCAGUGGGGCGCCACGUGGACAUUCAAUUCCGCCUGCUGUGCCACGACCUCGUCGCCCCCCUCUGGAGCAAUGCGCUCGUCCUCCUCCACCGCCUCACCCACGAAUCGUCCGGGGGUGCCCGUGGUGCAAGCAGCAGCAGGAGUAGCGGCAGGGGGGAGGCAAUGGGGCUGCUGAGGGCAGACAGGGAGUCGGUGAGGGGUGUGGCGGAUGCGAUGAAGGGCGUGGUGGGGUUGUCCUCGGAGGGCAUGGACGUGUAUCUACUACGGGAAGUGCGAGUGCUCUCCAUCCACGCAGACCGGCGCAACGGCGUGUACUUUUUGAUUGACUUCCUCGAGCCCCCCAUGCCACGCGGCCGGCAAACUCGUGACAGACUCGCUGCUGCCCGACCGCAAAUCGGAGUGCAGCCGUGCGGGGGGAACGGGUUCAGUGCGGACCUGCUGGGGCUGAUCGGCCAGGGCAGCAGCGGGGGGAGUGGUGGGAGGACGCAGGUGGUGAUGCUGGAGGCCCAUGGGAGCUUCUUUGCCCACGCGGGCAUGGUGAUGCACAUCCAGGGCGCGGGCGAGUUCAAGGAGAAGGCCAGCGAGGGCGGGUGCUCGACUCAUUCACUGCGGCCACACCUGCCCCCGCAGGACAUGUGGUCUAUGAAUGGCUCAACAGCACCCCUCUGUCUUCUAUCCGUACCCAACAGGUACAAUGCGGACGACAGGGCACACGCCACCACGUUCUGUGGCAAGGAGUGCAACCGCAUCCGGCCGCUGGACGAGUGCCCUCACCAGCACACGUGCCCCAAGCAGUGUGGCGAGCCCUGUGGGCCGUGCAUGGUCACCAUCAGGAAGGUGACUCUCCCCUGUGGCCAUCAGGCCUCCAAUGUCCCUUGCUUCAAGGCACAGAAGCCCUCUUCCAUUUUCUACUGGAGAACGGUGAAAGUGACGAUGCCGCUGUGCGGCCACGAGCAGGAAGUCAGGUGUGGCGGGGCGGCCACCAUACUCACCAACCCCAAGCGCUGCACCGCUCGCUGCGGAGGUCUCCUCUCAGACUCCUGCGGCCAUGCCUGCAUGUCCCUCUGCGCUCAUUGCAUCGUUGCUCCAGCUGCUAACACCGACCAAGGCAUGGGCUUGCAGCAGCAGCAGCAGCGGUUGGAGAAAAAGCACAAGGAAUGCACGCAGUCCUGCAAGCGUGACCUCCCCUGCGGCCACCUCUGCCCCGACCCCUGCCACCUCGACAAACCCUGCAAACCCUGCACCAAAAUGUGCCUCGUGACCUGCCAACACAGCUCCUGCCCCCAACCAUGCCACCAGACCUUCUCCGCCUACAACGAGCCUUGCGGGUGGAGCUGCAGGCACUAG